AUGGUUUUGGAACAAUACAGGAGCUACAUCGAAUCUGACCCGCACUUUGAAGUUCAAACGGACGUCUCAGAUGUCCACAACCAAGAGGCGGCGAAGAUUGAGCCAGAUCGGAAGAGGAAGAAGGCGUCGACCUCGACGGCGGAUCGAUCGGAGAAGGAGAACCGGAAGAAGAAGGUAAAGAUGUCGUCGUCGAAAGGUGGCGGUGAGGUUAGGGCUUCACACAUACUGAUAAAGCACGAAGGGUCUAGAAGGAAGGCUUCUUGGAAGGAUCCAGAAGGACGCAUCAUCAAGAAUACCACAAGAGAAACUGCGGUUUCUCAGCUCAAGGCCCUCCGCGAGGACAUCGUUUCGGGCAAGGCAACCUUUGAGGAUAUCGCAUCUCGCUUCUCCGAUUGCAGCUCUGCCAAGCGUGGCGGGGAUCUUGGUCCUUUUGGUCGUGGCCAGAUGCAGAAGCCUUUUGAAGAUGCAACCUUUGCUCUUAAAGUUGGUGAACUUAGUGACAUUGUGGACACCGACAGUGGAGUCCACAUUAUUAAGAGGACAAAAUGA